GUGAUUAGUUUUACCGAAUCAACUUUGUUUUAAAUAAAAUAGAAAGAAAAGAAAAAGAAAAACAAAAUCCAACCUUAAAACAUAAACAUAGUACUAAACGAAACACAACACCAUCAUCUACUCAUCCAUCCGAAAGAACAUGAAGACGACGCGAUCAUCCUUAAUCCUCAUAUUAUCCAUAAUAAUAUCGGCAACAGAAUCAACAAGAGCUGACAAAAUAAAUACAGUGUUAGAGCUAGACGAAUCGAAUUUCGAUUCUACUAUUGCCGCCUACGACUAUGUCUUCGUCGAUUUCUACGCCCCUUGGUGCACCCAUUGCAAGCGCCUCGCUCCCGAGUUAGAUGUGGCUGCUCCAAUUCUCGCUGAAUUGAAGAAACCUAUAGUCAUAGCGAAAGUGAAUGCCGACAAGUAUACCCGUCUUGCUAGGAAACAUGAAGUCGAUGGAUAUCCGACCCUCAAGAUCUAUAUGCAUGGUGUUCCGACAGAAUAUUAUGGACCAAGGAAAGCAGAAUUACUCGUUCGUUUUCUGAGGAAAUUUGUUGCUCCUGAUGUUGUUGUCCUUAAUUCCGACUCAGCUAUAAGAGAGUUUGUUGAAGAAGCUGGGACACAUUUUCCUAUAUUUAUAGGUUUCGGUUUAAAUGAGACUUUGAUAUCAAAUCUAGCCAUAAAGUAUAAGAAGAAGGCUUGGUUUUCUGUAGCAAGUGAUUUCUCAGAUGAUGUAAUGGUACAAUAUGAUUUUGACAAGAUUCCAACUGUGGUAUCUAUUCAUCCAAGUUACGAUGAUCAUAGCAUCUUUUAUGGGCCCUUUGAAGAGGAAUUUUUGGAGGAAUUCAUAGAACAAAAUUUUCUUCCUUUGGCUGUGCCAAUAAACUAUGAUACACUGAAGGUACUGAAAGAUGAUCAGAGGAAAAUUGUCCUGACCAUCUUAGAGGAUGAGUCUGAAGAGAAAUCACAAAAGUUGAUCAAGACAUUGAAGGCCGCUGCAUCAGCAAAUCGCAAUUUGGUAUUUGGUUAUGUUGGGGUUAAACAAUGGGCGGAAUUUGCAGAGACAUUUGGUGCCAAGGGGACAAAACUACCAAAAAUGAUUGUUUGGGAUGGAGGCGAGGAGUAUCUUUCAGUUAUUGGCUCAGAAAGCAUUGAAGAGGAGGACCAGGGGUCUCAAAUCUCACAAUUCCUUGCAGGAUAUAGAGAAGGGAAAACAGAGCGGAAUAGAAUUAGUGGUCCAUCACUGAUGGGCUAUCUCAAUUCACUGAUUGGAGUUAGAACUGUGUACAUAAUUGUGUUUUUGGUUGCAAUGCUAAUACUGAUCCGACAUAUUAGCAAAGAGGAACCUCUAACGGUUGGUACCGGAGACCAAGUUGAACACGCGACAAGCUCUGAAGCUGAAAGCUCAGACUAUAGACCCGGGGAUAAGCAAGACUAGAGCCAGUCUUCUGCUCGGGGUUAGUGCAAGCGCUAGGAUGAAUCACGAGACAGUUUUACUGUAGGGAAAGCAACCACUUACUCCCAGGUUAUUCUGGAUCUCCUAGAUUUGAUAGAGAAUGAUCUCUUCCAUGAAUUUUUUUGAGUACCAGUGUUCAUCAGCUUUUGCACACGUUAGCCAAUUUGAUGAUUUGUGCUUUUGUUAUAAAAGACCUUUGUAUUUAUUUUUCAUCAUGAUAGCCUACGCUCUGCUCAUUUUUUUCCC